AUGGCUACCAAGAAGUCCAAAAAGGGAGCUGGAGGCUCUAAGAAACCCCAGGCUAGUUUCAAUCACGGUGAGGUAUCCAAAGUAAAGUCACAUGGAAAUCAAAAGCGAAAGAAUGAGAAAGACACUAAGGACACUAAGGACACUAAAAAGUACAACUUUUUUGUGCGCACAGUGUGGACCUUUAUUAUGAUUAGCGGUUUCUUUAUUACGCUUGCGUCUGGCCAUUUCUGGUGUGUGAUGCUCAUCUUGGCGUGUCAAAUCGCUGCUUUCAAAGAGUGCAUCCGUGUGACGGCAAUGUCGGGUCGUCAAAAGAAUCUGCCGCUUUCCAAAACACUCAACUGGUAUUUCUUGUUUACUACAAUCUACUACUUGGACGGAAAGUCGCUAUUUCAAUUCUUCCAGUAUUAUGUCGUCAACUACAGGUUUUUGAGCAUGAUUGCCUCCAACCAUUUUUUUAUUUGCUACUGCCUCUACGUGUUAGGCUUUGUGAUUUUCGUGUGCAGCCUGAGAAAAGGUUACCUGAAAUUCCAAUUUGCAUCGCUGUGCGUUACGCACAUGGUUCUGUUGCUGGUUGUUUUCCAAGCACAUUUAGUGAUUAACAAUGUCCUGAACGGUCUCAUAUGGUUCUUGCUGCCUUGUGGCCUUGUUAUUGUGAAUGACAUUUUUGCUUACCUGUGCGGGAUCACAUUUGGACGCACCAAGCUGAUAGAAAUCUCGCCAAAGAAAACGCUGGAGGGUUUCUUGGGCGCGUGGUUCUUCACUGCUAUUGCCAGCAUAAUAUUGACCAGGCUUCUGACUCCUUUUUCAUACAUGACAUGUCCAGUGAACGAUAUACAAACCAAUCUUUUCACAUCGCUCCAAUGCGAUCCUAACCCUGUUUUUGUUCCACAGGAAUACAGACUUCCACCCAUUAUUUUCGAAAAACUUAACAUCAGCAGCAUAACCAUAAAACCAAUAUAUUUGCAUGCUCUGAACUUGGCAACCUUUGCUUCGUUAUUCGCGCCUUUCGGCGGAUUCUUCGCCUCCGGGUUGAAGAGAACCUUCCAAGUCAAGGAUUUCGGGCAGUCAAUUCCUGGUCACGGAGGCAUCACGGAUAGAAUUGACUGUCAAUUUUUAAUGGGCUCUUUCAUGAACCUGUACUACGAGACGUUCAUCAGCGAGAAAAGAGUCACCGUUGAAACCGUUAUUUCCACCAUCCUGAUGAACUUUAACGAAAAACAGAUGGUGGAGUUGAUAAAAAUAUUGAAUGAAGUUCUGUAUAGCAAUGGUUACCUGAGUGACAAAGCAUACAAGCAACUGAAAACCUUGUAUAAUAUUUAA